AUGGAUACAAGCUUAGCAUCAAUACUCUCGGGUCUUACGAGUUCUCUGGAAUCCGCUAUCCCAGCGCUGCCCACCAGCGACUCGAUUCUGCCUCCGGCAAAUGGCAUCACACUUUUGGACGCGAAGAACGAGCUCUUCCUCUCCUAUCUGCAAACUCUGGCUCUUCGGAAUCUGGCCGUCAUUCGCAGCGCAAAGGAUGGAAAGACCACUGCUGGCGACUUCGACGAUCAACUCGUGAGGGACCUUGUCAAGCACCGCGUGUACCUGGAGAAGGGCGUGCGGCCCUUGGAAGACAGACUCAAGUACCAAAUCGACAAGGUCGUCCGCGCAGCUGAAGACGAAGCUCGCGGUGCCGUCCAAAAGGCUGCCGUUGCCAAACAAUCCACCGCCGCCCCUGCAGCCUCAGACGACGAAGAAAACUCAGACGAAGACGAUGGCUCCGACUCAGAAGCAGACUCAGACGACGGCCUCGCCUUCCGUCCCAACCCCGGCGCCCUUACUCGUCCCUCAGAAGCAACCGAACCCACAUCAUCAAAGACCGAAGCCGCAAGCGACGGCAUCUACAGACCUCCCCGCAUAAACGCAACAACCAUGCCCACACCCUUAUCUCCACGCCGCGAAAAGGGCGAUCGCAAACCCAUGCGCAGCAACACAAUCGACGAAUACGUUGCCGACGAGCUCAGCGGCGCACCAACCGCCCAACCCUCCAUCGGUAGCACCAUCACCGCUGGUGGCCGCCGCGACAAGUCUGCCCGCGAACGCAGAGAAGAAGCCGAACGCACUGCCUACGAAGAAUCAAACCUGGUGCGUCUGCCCAAGGAAAGCAANAAGGAAAGAGCAAAGAAGGGUGGAAACAAGCGUGGUGGAUUUGGUGGUGAAGAGUGGGAUCUGCUGGGCCAGGGUAUUGGGCGCAUUGACAGGUUGACAAAGAAGGGAGAAAGAACUGGUGCUGGUGGUGUGGGCGGUGCUCUGGAGAGGAGCAGGAAGAGAAAGGUUGACGAUGAUGGUGGUAGAGGCGGUGCUGAUAUCGGCAGAGACUUUGAGCGUAGGAAGAAGAGGGCUAUGCGCAGGAACUAA